AUGCGUCUAUCCGGCUUACAAAAGGAUGUCCUGUCACUCUACCGCAAGUGUCUUCGCGAAAGCCGCAAAAAACCGGUGGCUACACGGCCGCAUUUUGAAUCAUUUAUCAGAUCUGAAUUUGAGAAGAGUAUCAAGGUUGAUAAGAGAGAUUUCGCCGUAAUUGAAUUCCUCCUACGCAAGGGACAUCGUCAGUUAGAAAUGUAUUCGGCACCUGGUAUAAAAGAUAUUAGAUGA